CUUAUACCUUCGAAAGAAACAAAAACCCUAAUUCUGCGAUUACAGAUUCGUCGUCUUCACUCCUUCAUUUCGAUCUCGGCCGCUCCAGCUCUCUUCGACAAUGGCACCGAAGAAGGAAAAGGCUCCCCCGCCGUCGUCGAAGCCGGCGAAAUCCGGCGGAGGCAAGCAGAAGAAGAAGAAAUGGAGCAAGGGAAAGCAAAAGGAGAAGGUGAACAACAUGGUGCUGUUCGAUAAGGCAACGUACGACAAGCUGCUUGUUGAGGCUCCCAAGUACAAGCUCAUCACUCCCUCUGUUCUCUCUGAUCGUCUCAGGAUUAGUGGAUCACUUGCAAGAAAGGCAAUUAGGGAAUUGAUGGCUAGAGGCUUGAUCAGAAUGGUGUCGGCACAUUCGAGCCAGCAGAUUUACACCAGGGCAACCAACACCUAAUCGGUUAUAUUUUAAUGGUAUUUUGAGAGUUCAAUUGGAAUUUUUCGAUUUAGAUUCUCUGUUUCCUUUUGUCUUAAAGCUCGAGAUUUCUGCUUGUACUAUUUUUUUCUAUGAGUCCAUACGAUCUUUAUUGAGUUUAUUUUAAGCUUGUUUUUUCUUAUACCACCUAUUAUUACAUUC